AUGACAGCGCAGAAUAGUUCCACGCCUCCAAGUAAUAAUACCACUUCUAAUACCCACAAUUACCCUCAUCAGAACAUAGCACAACUACCACAACCGCAGACAAUAUCCGACCACACCUCCGGUGGAUCUUCUCAUCUUCUUCUGUCCCAGCAAUACAGGAACGCCAGUCACCGGAGUAACUCUGACCUCCGUCAAUCAUAUUCCUCUGCCAAUCCGUCCUCCUCCUCUGCCUUCUCGCUAUUUUCAUCCGCUGAGCCAACAUCACGGCACCAUUCUACUAGCUCAUCCACUUCUAGCCACCCCAUCCAUCAUCAGCAGCAUCUAUCAUCUCAGCUGCUGCCCACCUCGUCCUUCACGACGCCACAAUCAAAUAUUUUUCCGGGUUCGGUUGCGAAGCCCGCUGGAGGCGGUGCGGGAAGUGGGAGUGCGGGGUCAUCGCACUUGAACAAUCUAGCUAUUGCGCAGCUCAAUCUUUUGAUAACUGCUACGAACGAAAAGAAUUACGACGUGAACAUUAAGGAGAUACGGAAGCUCCGAAACGAAAGCAUGGAGAUCGAUCAGAAAGUCAUGCGGAGAAUCAUCACGACUAAUUACACUUACAUUAUGUCAUCUUCGAGUAGUCGGUCUUUCGAAAACUCGCCUAGCAGCAGUCAUCGAAUGCUUGCAGAGGGAAUUAAGGAGUUGGCUAGCUUACCACACCAGGUUAAGGAUAAAUUCGUUGAUGUGAUCACGCCGGUGACCCCAGAUGGAGAGGUGUUUAGAGAUUUCGACGUAUCUACGUUUUUCAACCAUUUCGGCCUGGACUCCUUGCAGAAAUGUAUAUUGGCUGUUGGUUUGAAAUCUAGUCCCCGAGUUGAUUUGCGGAACAAAGGUCACGAUAUCGUGAGCAAAUCAUUUCGGUCAAUGCUUGAGAUCCUUGCAAAUCCCUCUAAGCAUCCUGAGAUGACACCCGAAGCGGUUGCCCUAUUUGUCGAGCAAAUGCUCUCGGAACCCGCCUAUCAGUUCCUUGAUAAUGUUGAAAAACUCAACCUUUCAUACGCCGCAAGAUCGCGGUACAAGAACACCGCAUUGCCUCAAGAGGUUUUCAACAUCACAGAAUCUAUCGAAAAGCUUCGUCAGCAAGAAUCCCUAGUUCAGAUAUUCCAGCAAAUAGGACCUGAGAGUACAGCCUCGCUAGAAAAGUGCCGGGAGGUGUUAAAGCGGAAAUGGAGGGUCCAAAUUUCUGAGAGCGAAGUCACAGACGUUUUGGUCCUCAUGGCCACAAGCCGAAAUGCAAUUGCCUGGCAUGCCGAUAUUUUUGUGCAGGCUUUACAGCAGGAGAACCUGGCUCAAUCGUUUGAUUGGGAGAGAGUUAUUGAAGGUUUGGAUCGGGAGGACUUCAUCUUGGAAGGCCCAGAGGGGCUGCAUGUCAUACUGAGCGCUCUGCAGCAUGGAACUAGCAGUGUCGAAUUUCCAAUUUAUAAGCUCUGGGGCGGACGAUGGCAGCAUCCGCGGGCGCAGUGGUCGGUAUUAAGAGGCUAUAUCAAGGCGGACACUUUGGAUGUUACGAGGAUUCCUGGGAUUAGGAAAGUCUUCUCCUCUGCGGAUUUCGCCACGGCUAGUAGUGCCCUUAAACUCAUGGUUGCUACCUUCGAAACUCACAAGUUCAUCUCCUUUGAUGCUGUCGAUGUUCUGUUUUAUUUGGCUCUAAAUGAAACUAUUCCCCGGGAUAUACAACAAGCAGCACAAGCAGAAAUGGAGAAAGCUGCAAAAUUCACGCCAGAGCUUCUGCUUUGUGGAGCCUUGAUGAUCCCAAAACCCUGGCCCCAAACGCUUGACCGCAUAGUUUCAAAGUUGCUUGACAUUUUCUUUGAAGGGCACACGAGUCACCAGCUAGUCUUUUGGAGAUUGUGGCAAGUCGAUAAACCAUUUGUCACUAAUCGAUUCCUUGAAUAUCAUGCUGCCAACAACUUAAAUAUCACCCGGAUUCUCGAUAUUUCACAAGAUCUGCGAUGUCUAAGCGACCUUUUAGAAGCUCAGAAUGCCAUAUUUGUAUUGGAUGUUGCGUCGUUGGCGGCUAGGAGGGAAUAUCUUAAUUUGGAAAAGUGGCUUCAGGAAAUGAUCAACAAAUAUGAGGGGGAAUUCGUGAUGCAGUGUUAUAGAUUUUUACACAUAAAGGCCGAUGCAGAAUAUACCCAAGCAAGAGAAGGUGGCAAACCAACCAUGGUUAGUCUCCGUGUAGGACCUGUGCAUACAUUUCUUACAUUGCUUGACAAAAAUCAACCACCGAUGACCCAAGAGCAUCAGGAGCGGGUUACAGAAUGUCAACGCCUUUGUAUCCAAGCUUAUCCCCGUCUAAUAAACCUCGGCUCUGGACUGGACGCCAUUAUCCUGCAAAAUAACGCUGAAAGCAAUGGAUUUCCGCCUCACGUUGAUAAGGAUAUGCAGCAGAACUACAAAAUGAUGUAUAGUCAAGAGACUGAGCUCAACGAAGUAGUCCAAUAUCUUCAAAAGCUCAAGAUCUCCGUUGUCCCUCAAGAACAGGACCUCUUUGCUUGUAUGAUUCACGGUCUAUUUGACGAAUACCAUUGUUACCCUUCGUACCCCCUUCAAGCCCUUGCUACAACCUCUGUUUUAUUUGGGAGUAUCAUUCUAUACAAGCUGAUCGACGGUAUUCCAUUGCGCGUUGCUUUGGCAAUGGUAUGGCAAGCUGUACGCGAUCACGAGCCAUCGUCUACAAUGUACAAAUUUGGUCUCCAAGCACUCUUGCACUUCAAGGACCGGUUGAAAGAAUGGAAGGAGUACUGCAAAUUGUUGGCACAAGUUCCCGGUCUCCAGGGGACAGAUAUCUGGAAUAUUGUACAAGACGUCAUCGCGGGUACAGCUGAUAGACAGGUUGACCCACAACCUGUUAACGGAAGUUCAGAUUCUGAUGACCUUGCUCCUCCCUUGACAAACGGCAAUUCCUCUGUUCAACCCCCGUCUCCCGUCCAGCCAUCCCACCCGCACUUCCAGUCUGUAAAUGCAGACCCACCACUUCGCGAUCAGUCACUGUACAAGGACCCAGAUAUCGAGGUGCAGGAUAAGGUCUUGUUUAUUGUUAACAACCUUUCACAUACAAACCUAGAUAGUAAACUCAAGGAUCUCAAAGACGCUUUACAGGAGGAACACCACCAGUGGUUCGCCGACUACUUAGUUGUCAAGCGCGCAAAGAUGGAACCUAACUACCACCCGUUGUACCUGGAUCUAUUGGACAAAUUCGGUCACAAGGGAUUGAUGGCAGAAGUUCUGCGGGAGACGUACAUCAAUAUCAUUGGAAUGCUCAACGCAGAAGCCACAAUGCAAAAUGCCAGCGAGAGGACAUACUUGAAACAACUUGCGAGUUGGUUGGGAGGAUUGACAAUUGCGAAGGAUAAACCCAUAAAGUUCAAGAAUGUGUCUUUCAAGGACCUCAUUAUUGAGGGGUACAUCACUGAGAGACUCAGUGUCGUUCUGCCAUUCACACGCAAGGUUCUUGAGCAAUCGACAAAAUCCACAGUGUUUAAACCCCCGAACCCUUGGUUGAUGGCUAUUAUUCGUCUCCUAGCAGAACUUUAUCAGCAUGUUGAACUCAAACUUAACUCAAGGUUUGAGAUUGAAGUUCUCUGCAAAAACCUGGGGUUAGACAUCAAAACAAUUGAGCCUGCAACCGAUAUUAGAGAGACUAGAGAUAGGCCUGUUGUGAAAGAAGAGGAGACGUUGCCGCCAAUAGAAGAUCUUUCUUUACAGCCGCCUCAAGGUUUCGCACCGAUCACCGACCCAGUUCCUUCGGGAUACGCAGACGAAGUUAUAAUAAACUCUCUAAUCCAGCAUCCUGCUUUAAAAAGGAUAUUGCAGACUGCAAUUGACCGCGCAAUUAGGGAAAUCAUCGGGCCAGUCGUUGAGAGAUCUGUUACAAUUGCCAGUAUCUCAACUUCAGAGCUUAUUCAGAAAGACUAUGCUACGGAAGGCGAUGAAAGCAAGAUGAGGGGUGCCGCGCAUAAUUUGGUCCGACAUCUCGCUGGUAGUCUUGCACACGUAACUUGCAAAGAUCCACUACGCAUGAGUAUGACGAACAAUAUCCGUUCACUACUUGCUCAGAACGGAUAUAACGAGGCAUCGGUUUCAGAUCAAACAGUCACCAUGUGCGUUAACGACAAUAUUGAUCUCGCUUGUAAUAUUAUUGAAAAAACAGCGCAAGAUCGAGCGAUCCCUGAAAUUGAUGAUAGCUUAGCUCAAGCCUAUCAAACGCGCAAGCAGCAUCGGGAAAGAAGGCUUCAGCACCCGUUCAUGGCGGCAAAUAUUCCUCGAAUCGCCUUCCACCUCCCGGAUCAGUUUAGGUUAAAGCCUGGGGGAAUUACACCACAGCAAAUGAGUGUCUACGAUGAUUUCGGCCGGAGUUCGAGGAUAGCAAGUCAUGAGGCAGCAGCAAGGAAUUCCUUCACGGACCCUUUCCCGUCAGAGUAUAUGUCAGGUGGGGCGCAAUCAACUGGGAUCGUUGACAUACAAAGGGCCCAGGAACAACCUGCCAGUGUUCAUCAGCAACUUCAAAUUGAUCCGAAAGAGCUAAACAUUAAAAUUGGGUCCCUUUUAAGCGAAAUGCGAAGAGCUGCUCGAAGCAGCGAUGAAGAGCACCUUGAAGACAUCAGCACAGAACACCUUAUCUUCCAUUUCUGCAAUGCAAUUCUGCAGAGUAUCUCUGCCAACCACCCACUUCUCACGCGCCCUGUGAAAGAUGGUUUAUGUUCAGCAGUGGCUUCUCAAAUUUGUCAAAUCCUAUUCACCGAUGGGCAGGAUCAGACUCAGCUAGAAGUGGAAGCGUUAGUUUAUCUCCUGCGGAAAGUGUGUGAGCUAUCGGCGAGUACCAGGCAGGAUGUUGUGCUAUGGCUUGCUCAGCCACGAGAAGACGAGCGACUCUUUAACGCCCCUGUUACAGUCAUGCUCCUGAAGACGGAUUUGAUUUCGGUUACACAUCUAGAUACCACCAUUGCCAAAUCUCUCAACACCAGAAGACCGCGUACGCUAGAGUUCUUGUCAAGGGUGAUGAAAGAAACAGUUUUGGGCCCAAACCCGUUGGUCCUGAGAUCCGAUUUCGCGGCAUCUCUUGAUGCUUUGGGCCAUUGGCUGAAACAGGAGCCAACAAAUAAGGUUGCUCUAGAUCUGGUCAGAGAAAUUCAAGGGCCGGAAGAAAAGGACGAACAGGAUCAGCUCGAUCUGGAGGAUCGCGAGAAGAGAGAUCAGAUGGAGUACAUUUUCACUGAAUGGAUGCAGCUUUGUCAACAUCUCUCUACGACGGAGAAAAAUUAUUCAGCGUUCAUCAUGCAACUGCAUCAGGGCAAGGUCCUUGCCGACAUGGCAUCUUCGUGCGAGUUUUUCCGAACCUGUAUUGAAUUCUGUAUCGGCGAGUACGAGCAGACUACCGUCAAUGGUGGAAGCAUCCAAACCAACUGCUAUAUUCCUAUUGAUGCACUAGCGAAGCUAGUCAUAUUACUGGUUAAAUAUCAGGUGGAGGACGAUUCAAAGGGCCAAUUCUUGGACAAGGCGGAUUAUCUCAACAGCAUCCUAGCUCUGGUCGUCUUCGUGUUUAAUUUCCACCAUGAGACUCGCGGGGAGCAUUUCUCUCAGAAGGUCUUUUUCAGAUUUUUUUCAAGUAUGCUGUACGAAUAUCAUUGCAUCGAAAGCCAAUUGGGAGCAUAUCAAGAAAGGAUAUUAAUGGUCUUUUCGGAGUGUUUUUUGACAAUUCAACCAGCUUUCUUCCCAAUGUUCAGCUUCCAUUGGAUGACCCUGGUUUGCCAUCGGUAUUUUAUGCCAAAGCUCCUGACGCUGGAGGGUGAUAAAGGCUGCUCUACAUUUGCGAAAAUAUUAGAGACGAUGUUGAUAUACAUCGGCACUCUAUUAAAGGAAUUGCCCAUUCCUCCGGUCAUCAAACUUCUUUACAGGGGUGUUCUCAGGAUUCUUUUGGUCUUGCAUCACGAUUUCCCGGAGUUCCUUGCUGAGUGGCACUUUUCGAUUUGCGAGGUCAUUCCAGUACAUUGCACCCAGCUGCGCAAUCUCAUCUUAAGCGCAUACCCCUCCACGCUUUCGGACCUCCCAGAUCCGUUUACUGCGGGCUUGAAAGUGGACCGCCUUCCUGAAAUUCGGAUCGCCCCGAAGAUUUGUGGGGAUAUUCUCAAACCUCUCGUCAAAAGUGGAGUUAAGGAGUUGGUGGAUUCUUGUUUAGCUUCUACCGAUGGGCCCAGUAACACCGCAGUUCGUGGGAUCUUGGAGAGGCUCGAAACCGAACCAAGGAAAGAAGCAGGGCUAGGCUUUAACACUGUCACUAUCAACUCGAGCAUUCUCAACAGUCUUGUUCUAUAUGUUGGUAUGGAGGCGAUUAAAGAUAUGAACGCGAAGGGUUUAUCUUUUCAGACGGCAAGUCCCCAUGCUGCUCUAUUCGCAAGACUAGCUGCAGAUCUGAGUCCCCAAGCACGUUAUUUCUUCCUAAGUGCCAUUGCGAACCAUCUUCGCUAUCCGAACAGCCAUACCCAUUACUUCAGUUAUCUGCUAUUGUUUUUAUUCGGGCCUGUUCAGAACAAGUCUACCGAGUCAGACGUUCGCCAGCAAAUUACGCGUGUUUUGUUGGAAAGGUUGAUUGUUCAUCGACCACAUCCAUGGGGACUGAUCAUUACUUUGCUUGAGCUACUCAAGAAUCCAACUUAUGAUUUCUGGAACCUACCAUUCAUCAAAUCAGCACCAGAGAUUGAAAGGCUAUUUGGAGCUUUGUUCCAACACAUCAACAACUCUUCGUCACCCCCCCGUCAGUAA